AUGAAGACCUUCACUACCAUCACUUUGUCCCUUCUGGCCACUCUCCACUUUGCUGGAGCAGCUCCUUUCUCCGAAGACGGUCAGGAUGAGAUGCUGUCCGUCUUAGUUUCCUAUGACCAAAAAUAUGAUGUUGGUGGAACAUCUCUCAAUACUGUUGCUUGUUCAGAUGGGGACAACGGCCUGGAAAGCAGGUUUCCAACAUUUUCGGAUCUGCCUGCGUUCCCUCGCAUCGGCGGGGCGCUGACCAUUGCUGGAUGGAAUUCGACGAGCUGUGGCAGCUGCUAUGCACUGCAUUACCAGUCCGGCGAUACUGACCAAACUAUCAACGUCCUUGCCAUCGAUGCCGCCUCCGGCAGGUUCAACAUUGGGCUUCAGGCUUUCAACCAAUUGACCGACAAUCAAGGCGUGAAGCUCGGUAGUGUGACCGCCACCUACACUCCGAUCGCGGAUAGUGAGUGUGGAAUGUAG